AUGGCCACCCCCAAAGACACAGCAAGCGACGAUAACCUGGAUGUUGCUAGUGACAAAGAGAGAAGGAGCCAGGAGGUGGAUAUCGAAAAAGAUGGACUGCAAGACGACCUGGAACGACAGGCCUCUGAGCCUCCCUACUCCGUCUUCAGUAAAGGCAUGAAGACAUGGAUUAUCUUCUUGGUGUCUAUCUCAGCUCUGAUAUCCCCGUUUGGCGCGUCCAUGUUCCUUCCGGCGCUUAAUGUGCUCUCCGACGUCCUGGAUAUUACACCUACGCAGAUCGCACAAGCUAUUGCUCCCGCUUUCCUUGGGACUCUAUCGGACAACAGCGGGCGAAGGUUGACCUUCAUCAUAUGCUUCAUCAUCUAUAGCAUCGGCAACAUCGGCCUCGCACUCCAAACAAACUACAUCGCCCUUCUCAUCUUGCGCAUGGUACAAGCCGUUGGUGGCACGGCUGCUAUUGCGUUGACAAUGGCGGUUGUCGCGGAUAUCUCCACGUCGGCUGAGCGAGGCACCUACAUGGGUUACGCACAAGCCGGUGUAUUGAUGGGCCCUGCUUUCGGUCCGACGAUAGGCGGUCUGCUGGCGCAGUACCUGGGCUGGCGAUCCAUCUUCUGGUUUCUUGCCAUCUUCUCCGGCGUGCUGCUUGUGUUGUUCGUGUUCUUGUUCCCUGAGACUUGCCGGAAAGUCGUUGGCAAUGGCUCUAUCCCUCCUCAGGGUGUCAACCGCUCAGUCAUUAGUUGCAUACAAGCUCGCAAGCUUGCAAAGCUGUCACCCGACGAGGUAACCCCUAAGCCCGAGAAGAAAAAGGUCGCCUGGCCGAACCCGCUUGCGACGUUCCGAAUCUUAGCCGAGAAGGAGUCUGGGAUUCUUUUACUCUAUAAUGGCCUCUUCUUCACCGGCAUGAUGGUCACUGUCUCCGCGAUCCCAGAGCUAUUCUAUGCCGCAUAUGGUCUCAACGAAUUGCAUGUCGGCCUUUGCUACAUCUCUAAUGGUGUAGCUUCCCUUAUCGCCUCGCUCACCAUGGGUCGAGUUGUCGACUGGAACUUCCGCCGCUAUGCCAAAGCUGUUGGUAUGACCAUCUCCAAGGGCAAACAACAAGAUCUCAGCAACUUCCCCAUCGAGCGUGUUCGCCUGCAGAUCUUAAUUCCGUGUCACAUCAUUGGCAUGUUUGGACUCAUCAUCUUUGGAUGGACUCUCAAAUUCAGAACACACAUUGCGGGUCCUGAAGUCGCUCUGUUCAUCAUGGGCUUUGGUGUCACUGGUGCUUUCAACAUCACCAAUGGCUUGCUUAUCGACCUGCAUCGCGAUAAGCCUGCAGCUGCAACUGCGGCAGUCAACUUCGCCAGAUGUCUCAUGAGUGCUGGCGGUACCGCGGCGAUUAUUCCCAUGUGUCAUGCUAUGAACCCGGGGUGGGCGUUUACAUUCAUAGCGCUGAUCAUGGCGGUAUUAUUAAUUGUUGUCUUUUGGGUCAUGAAGAACGGAAUGAAAUGGAGACAAGAGUUGGCGGAGAAGAGGAGACUCAAAAGCGAGGAACAAGAGAAAAGGGUAACACAGGAGGAGAAUACGACGUGA